UGGCUGGCUGGUUGGCUGGCUUGCUGGUUGCUUGCGAGUUGGUUGGCUGGCUGGUUGGUUGGCUGGAAGCCGAGCGAUUGGUUUCGUUUACUUCUAUAACUCUGUUUUAACUAUACACCAAUACUUGGUGCUACUCCUAUCGUACGGAUCAAACUUGGAUUGAAACACGAAUAAUUACAAUACACACGUGUUUUCACUGUUAUUAAUCUUUCUCGCUCUCUCUUUCUCAAUCUUUCUUUCUUUCCUUUGUUAUUUUGUUUCUUUGUUGACACAAUAUACAACAACACAAGAAGUUAUAUUUAUUAAUUUACCGCUGAUGUUUACAAUCAACGCAAAGAAUUUUAUACGCUUGCACGAUGCAAAUUGAUUUUAAAAAACAAACAAACAAACGUAUUUUCGGAAAUACCUACAACGUUUGGGUGGAGAUAAACCAAUUGUCAUGAAAUGUGUUCUGCAUAAGAUAUUCUUCAUGAAAUUUUCACAAUGGCUUACAACAUUUGAAAACGGACCAGUAAAUACGAGUUGGUAAUGAUAUAAUGGUUUUGAAAUUUCAAGAGAUGUUUCACGUAGAAUUACCUCAUAAACUGCUCUGGUAAUCGAAUUAUUGCUGCUUUGUCAAAAGAAUAAUCCGGAGAGAAAUCCACACUGUCUAUGUUAACUGCAGAAGGAUUUAGCGAAAAACGCAUUAUCAACAUGGAAAAAAAUAAAUGGUUGUUCUCAUCAACUAUUCAUAGUUUUUCGUCAUAGAGCAUGGAAUGGAGACAUAUCUAACAAAAACAUUUGGAAUUCAUUCAACAAUGCACAGCUUCAAGACAUUCUUAGUCGCUGUCUCUAAAUAUAUACGCCAGCUUUCUAUUAUUGACGCUUUCGAAAAUAUUUCAUAACUCGGAAGUUUAUGUAAGAAAAAUAAAUACGUGUAAGAAUAUAAAUACGACCCAUUCAAAUCACACUUAUAUAUCAAUAUAUCUAAACAGUAUUCAUAGUCAUUGAAACAGGCGUUUGUAUACACAAUGUCUGGAGAACACAGCAUGCUCAUUGAAACUUUAGUGACAAUAGAUUAAUUGAAAUCACGCGGAACUUGUGAAAAGAAUAAAUAGAUGUUUGUUGCAUCACUUUAGAAAACGCACGUCCCCAACUUGUUCCAGCUAAACUAUAUUAAUAUUAUCAACUAAAUACCGCCGUUAUUUAAUUUGCCUCCACUGAAACAUGUUUCUAUACGUGACUCUUGAUUUGGCGAAAGAUUUGGCUUCUACAAAUGCCUUAGUUUAUUUACAGUUCUUUUACACAUUCCUAUUGUUUUGCUCCUGAUUUCGUUUACACACUGACAAUCAUAUAUGUGAAACUUCUUUUGAAAGUCUCUUAUUCAAAAAGGAAUUUGAUCACCGAUUGGUGAAGUCUACUAUGCUCCUAUUUAUAAUAUCAUGGCAAACUUGAUGCUAAAAAUCAUCGAAACAUAGGUUCCAGAUUUGGAUAUUUACAUAAUUAUGAAAGAAUAGAACAAUGUCCCUUUUUUAAGUAAUGAUUUGUGUUAUCAUAAAUAUCAAUUAAAAUGAUUACAAGCAACUCAACCAUCGAUUCUUUGAUUUACGACGUGACAAGCAUCAAAGCCGGCUACAAUGUACUCGUCCAGUCAACUCUGGAAACAUUGGUUCAGUCCAGUGAAGAAAGUUCUGAUACAAACAACAACAUGGAAGCACUUCGUAUGACACGCUUUAUCGUUCAAAAGAUAUGUGUGCCCAUUGUUAUAUUCUUUGGUGUGGUAAGCAAUAUACUGAAUAUUAUUGUGCUCACUCACAAGUCCAUGAAUACAUCGACUAAUGUUUAUCUAACAGUUUUGGCAGUCUUUGACACGCUCUAUCUUAUAUUCGGUUUCACGUUGAGUUUGAAACACUUCUCACAGGUUAGCUCUGUUGAUGCCUACAUCUACUGGGUUCCCAUUGCACAUGUUCUCACAGACAUGUGCAGUAACGUGGGUGUAUGGCAAACCAUCACAUUCACAGUGGAACGUUACAUCGGUGUCUGUCACCCGAUCCGUGGACACGUGAUUUGUACUCCGCAGCGUGCGCGUAUAAUUACGGCCAUAGUUUCAUCCAUCGCCAUUGCUGUAACUGUCCCUGAGUUUUUUGAACGCCAGACAGUGAAAAGACUUGAUUCAAACAAUCAAACAAUACUAAGAAAUGAAUGGACAGAAUUUGCAGAAACAUACGCCUACGACAAAGGUUAUAAUUGGUUCAUAGUUACCUCUUUCACCUUUCUUCCCCUCAUAUCUCUUGUGUUUUUCAAUGGGCUCCUUAUAAGGGCUGUUGUCAAAGCCAAUAAAAUACGCCGCUUUAUGUCAAAGGCGCCAUUGCGAAAAUCGUCGGAGAAGAGCGGCAGCGAGCAACAGAAAAUCACUUUGAUGUUAAUAAGCGUAGCUUUAGUCUUCCUCAUAUGUCAGUUUCCCGGAGCAUUACUACUGCUUUACUCAAGAAGCAUAGCUCCUGGCAGAAGAGGAAAUGACAUAAAAAUCGCCGCUAAUAUCACAAAUCUGCUAGUCCAGAUAAAUUCUUCGGUUAAUUUCAUUCUUUAUUCUUUAAUCAGCACGAAAUUCCGACGAACUUUUGCAUUAGUGUUCUGCUGUCGCAAAAGAGCGAUAGCACGCCACACAAAUUUUAAUCAAACAGAAAUCUCUAACAUUUAUCGAGCUACACCGAGAACAUCAGUGGGCGUCACGUGGUGUCCGACACGAUCGAACGUCGCACCACAAGCGAGUCGAAGUACAGUCAGGACUUUUCCGUUUAAACCUAUAGAAAAUGGGAGUCCCAAAAAAAUGAAAGACUAUGUUAAUUUGGAAGAAUACUCUCCUUUCGAAAUUUCACCAAAUAAUUCACCGGACGAAAAAGACAGUGUCUUAUAAGAAAACACUUCAAAUCGUCAGGGUGGGAGAUGUGUUCUUCGAGAGGGAUGUGUACAAAAGAAAAUGAUUUAUUCAUGUUAUUUUUUUCUUUUCCUCAUAGAUCUGAUUUGAAAUCUUGCUCUGAGAUCAACCUUCAGAUGGAGUAAAUUAUAUUGAAUAUGUAACCAUACUGUCAUGAUUGAUCCACCGAUCUCUUUGAAAAAAACAAUUAUUAACGAUUAUUUUAACUUUUGUCUUUGGGAAAAAAACAUCAAUAAAAUAUAAAAUCAGACAACAUUAAAAACAAUGCAAACAUCAUAAACAAACAAAAACAAACCGAUUUGGUUGACAUGUAUCUAAAUGAGAGACAUUUUUGACAAUUGAAUAAUGCAUUUUUCAUUUAAGUUGGUUAUUAAUUAAGAUGGGAGUGAUGUGUUUGUAGACAUGUGAUAAUGAAAGUGUUUUAAAAUGUCAAAGGCAUUUAUUAUAUUUUAAAACAAAAUUUUCCUCUACAAAUUAAAAGCCUCACUAAUCAUACAA